AUGAACUCCUUAGUUGCGUAUGAUGAUUCGGACUCUGAGACAGAUAUUGGCAAAUCUGAAGAUGCUGUUAGCAGUGAAGUGAAUCUUGCAAAUCCUGCUGCGAGUACUGUUGGGUCCAGGAGUGGAUUUGACGCAAUUUCUGAGAGCCAAAUCCAAUCUGUAGACUACACGUCUGGUUCCAAAAAGAACGUCUUCCACAAUGAUCCCCUUUUGUGUCAUGUGCAGGCUAAUAAAAAGUCUUUGGCAGUAGCAUGUCAUGCUGCGUUACAAAUGGCUACUCGUAGUCCAGAGCAAUCGUUGAGUCCUUUGCAGAAACCUCAAGUACUUUCUGAAAAUGAGAGUUAUUCUCAGAAGAGGGCCCACGGGGACAGUGGUGUUACUUUACAAGGGUUGAGACCCUACAUUCCUAAAAGACUGAGAAAGGAAAAAAAUCCUGAAGCCGAAGAUGGUGGAGAGAGCAUAAGUAACUCAGCCAACCUUGGUGUUGCAGGAGAUGGCAUGUCUAUUAACAUUUCCAAAUACAUCAUGCCGUACAUAGGAUCCAAAUACGGGGCAACAGCAAUUCCCACAAACUUGGUGUUCCAUAGGCGUGAGCAUGGAGGUCCCAUCAACGUUGUCCGAUGGUGUCCUGUACAGAAGUGGAGCCACAUGUUGCUGUCUGCAUCUAUGGAUAAAACUGUCAAGGUUUGGGAUGCUGUGGACCGAGGCUGUUGCUUAAAGACAUACUCUUGCCACUCCUCUGCCGUUCGAGAUGCCCAGUGGUCCUCUUCUGGAAGCGGCAUUCUCAGCGGGGGCUUUGAUUCAAUGCUUCAUUUAACAGAUGUUGAGACAGGCUCACAGGUAUUUAGUGGGAGGAGUGAGUUUCGCAUUGGCACCCUGAAAUUUCACCCUGCUGAUCCUAAUGUUUUUAUUUGUGGAGGAUUUAGUCCAGAGGUUAAAGCGUGGGACAUAAGGAUUUGCAAGGCAAUUAAAGUGUACAAGGCUGCAGUGCAGCAAACCUUGGAUCUCAUGUUCCUCCCUGAAGGAAAAGAGUUCCUCACCAGCACGGACGCGGUGAGCCAAGAUUCAGCUGACCGCACCAUCAUCGCUUGGGACUUCCAAACAGGCGCAAAGAUCUCCAAUCAAAUUUUCCACGAGCGCUAUACCUGUCCCUGUCUAACUCCUCACCCGAAAGAUUCCGUCUUUGUGGCUCAGACAAAUGGAAACUACAUGGCCUUGUUCUCGAGCCUUCGACCCUACCGCAUCAACAAGAGGAAGAGAUACGAAGGGCACAAAGUUGAAGGGUUUGCUGUUGGCUGUGAGUUCUCUCCAGAUGGAACGCUGCUUGUGACCGGGAGCUCGGAGGGCAAAGUGUUUUUCUAUAGCUAUCGUACGGCUCGAAUCGCGCGCACGUUGCCCGCGCAUGGGUCAGCCUGUACAAGUGCCACUUUUCACCCAGUCCUCCCAUCCCUUCUCGCGACCUGUGCUUGGGACGGAGAGAUCAAGAUAUGGCAGUAA